AUGUCUACUUCUUUAAAAGGGAGUUGCUUUUGGUCAAUAACAAAAUUUCUAACCAGAGAAGCGAAGUGCUUUAAUGACCCUCCUUAUGAUCUCAUAAUCUUAAAUCAGCCUAUCUCACGUCGGAAUAAUGUUUUCCACGCACUUUGGGAGAACGACGGCGGUGGGAACCAGUUGUAUGAAGCUUUUGAAGGAACUGAUAAACAACAUAUGUAUAUCCCUCACUAUAUCAGAGGAGAUUUGGACUCAUUGAGAGAUGAUGUUAGAGAUUUUUAUAUUUCUAAAGUUGAACAAGAUCCGGAUCAAAAUUCCACAGAUUUCAUGAAAUGCAUUGAACUUGUUCGCAGAAAGGAAGGAGAAUCUUCUGUAAAGCACGAGAUAGUUGCUCUUGGAACAUUUGGAGGUAGAGUGGAUCAAGCAAUGUCAAAUAUUCAUUACUUAUAUAAGCUAAAAAAUGAGAGAAGGAUUUACCUGUUAUCAGAUCAAAAUAUGACUAUUUUACUUGACAAAGGAAAGCAUCAAAUACAUUGUAAUCAAGCUAUUGAGGGCCCGAGCUGUGGAAUAAUACCCAUUGGUAUUGAAAGAGCUAUUGUAACAACAACGGGAUUAGAGUGGAAUCUUACGAAUAGUUCCACCUCUUUUGGUGAGAUGAUUAGCACGUCUAACCACUUAAUUAAUGAUAUUGUAAUGAUCGAAACCGAUUCUCCUAUUUUAUGGACAGUCGAAUUAAAAAUCUGA